CUUGCUGUGCGCUUCUAUUAUCGAUCUUUGGAGCGAGCGGAGGCUCUUUACAUUGCAUAUCAGUCUGGGAGCUUUACCAACGCAGUUUUGCAGGAACGACUUAUGGGGGUAAUACAAAACACAGGAGGAACAAGAAGCAGCGAAAUGUAAUACUCAGCCGCAGACACAUUUACAACGCCUGGAAAGCAAAGGGAACAACAGCAAGGGAGUUUUUCCCCCUACAUAGUAAUGAAGGGGAUCCCCAAAGUGAUGGAUGGUAGAAAGCCAUGAAGAUUUGCAAAACUAUUAACUCGUUUUAAAAGGGGAGUGAGCGGGUCGAAACUACUACAGUUGGAAGCGUAACAGAGGAAAUAACCCCAUGUAAAGGAAUCGCUUCUAAUAUAGGAACUGCUUUUUUUUGUUGUAAAAAUUAAAGAUGGGUAAAGGCUUGUGACCAGGUUUUCAGUUUUCGGCGCAACAACGCGAAGAGGUUAAGAGAUUAGCCAAUUGAGGAAAUGAAGCCUAAACAAAGCGUGCCGCCUUCACUGGAAAUAUUGAAGUGAAAUUAACCGUUUUCCUCGGCUCACAGACAGUACCAUCUGCUGUUUAUUGGCUGUGAGUUUUCCAAGUUAGCCUGCUCCAGGUUCCCUGGAUCUGUGCAAAAAAAUAUGCAUGUGUCUCCUUGGAGGAGUGGGUUCUGAAAGGAGCCUGAUUACAUCUGAAGACAGUCCUGGACACUGAUUAAGGGGUUGAAAUCUGGAAGGUAGACUUUUCUACAUAAAUUAAUUACCUCUGCCAAGGAAACCUGAAAGAUGAAGCCCUCAGUGCCCCUGUUUCUUCUUAUCUGUUCGGCUGCCUGCACAAACUGGAGAUCCAUCUCCAAGAGAAACUAUGUGGACGGCUGUAUAGACUGGUCGGUGGAUUUGAAGGAGUACAGAGUGCUGGCGGGGGAGCCCGUGCGGGUCAAAUGCGCGCUGUUCUACAGCUACAUCAGAACCAACUACACCAUGGCCCAAAGCACCAAGCUCAGGCUCAUAUGGUAUAAAAACAAGGGCGACUCAGAAGAGCCCAUCAUAUUUUCAGGACAUAGACUGAGCAAAGAGGACGACUCAAUCUGGUUUCGUUCAGCAGAGCUAGUGGAUAAUGGGUUUUAUACCUGUGUUUUGAGAAACUCGACGUACUGUAUGAAGGUGUCCAUGUCCUUGACAGUGGAGGAGAAUGACUCGGGGCUCUGCUACAACAGUAAAAUCAGAUACCUGGAAAAGUCUGAGAUCACAAAGAGGAAAGAGAUCCUCUGCCCUGAUUUAGAGGACUACAUCGUUCCAUACAAGCAGCCACUUAUAACGUGGUACAAGGAAUGCAUUCCAAAAACGUGGAGGAGUUUGGUAAUCGUGAACACUACGAGCGUGUUAAUACCGGAGGUUGAAGAAAUGGAUGGUGGGAAUUACACGUGUGAGCUGAAGUAUGGCAGCAAGGUUGUGCGAAGAACCACAGAGCUGCAGGUUACAGCUCUCCUAACAGACAAGCCUCCUAAACUACUGUUCCCCACGGAGAUCCAGCCGAGUGUUAUAGAUGUCCAGCUGGGUAACCCGUUUAGCCUGGACUGCAGGGCAUUCUUUGGCUACAGCGGAGAGUCCAGACCUAUAAUCUACUGGAUGAAAGGGGACAAGUUUGUUGAAGAACUGGAGGGUCAUAUUAAAGAAAGUGAAGUCAGGACGAUCAAAGAGUACCUGGGGGAGAAGGAGGUGGAACUCUGCCUGACUUUUGACGCUGUGGAAGAAAACGACGUUGGGAAUUACACCUGCUACGUGGAGAACCGCAUCGGACGCAGACACGGCAGCGCCAUUCUGCAGAAAAGAGAUCUGUACAGACUGGAGCUGGCAGGAGGCUUGGGAGCGAUCCUGCUGGUGCUGGGUCUUCUCACCGCUGUCUACAAGUGUUACAACGUGGAGAUCAUGCUGUGCUACAGGAGACACUUCGGGAGCGAUGAAACAGAAGACGACAACAAGGAAUACGACGCUUAUCUGACCUACAGCAAAGUAGAGCUGGACUCGAUGGACCUGGAGAGCAGUGAGGAGGAGCAGUUUGCUCUGGAAAUCCUGCCGGAUGUGCUGGAAAAGCACUAUGGAUACAAGCUCUUCAUUCCCAGCCGUGACCUCAUGCCCAGCAGCAUCUACAUUGAAGACCUGGCCAGGUGCGUGGAGCAGAGCAGGAGGCUGAUCAUCGUGCUGACACCGGAGUUCAUCACCAAGCGGGGCUGGAGCAUCUUCCAGCUGGAGAGCAGACUCCACAGCAUGCUGGUGACAGGGGAGAUCAAGGUCAUCAUGAUCGAAUGCACGGACCUCAAGGGGGUCAUGAACUACCAGGAGGUGGAGGCCUUAAAACACACCAUUAAACUGCUCUCCGUGGUCAAGUGGACAGGCCCCAAGUGCAACCAGCUCAAAUCCAAAUUCUGGAAGCAGAUACUGUACGAGAUGCCUGCCAAGAAGAAGGAGACGCUGUCUCGGAGGCAGGUCCUGGACUCCGGAGAGCAGGGCCUGUUCGGAGACCUCCAAACUGUGUCCACCAUCGCCAUGACGACCACAUCCGCCACGCUGGCCCCCUCCCACGCAGAGAUCCCAGACUUUCAUCAAAAGAACCACCCACAAAUGAGACAUUACUGCAGAGGCUAUGAAUACGAGCCGCCCCCACGCCCCACACAGUUUAACUCCCUGGGAAACCAUCACCUGUACCGUAAUAUCCCAAUGGCACUCCUGAACGGGCAGGUAGCACACAACAGCACUGUUCAAAGAAACAAGCCCCAAAUUCAUUUCAACACUAUGUUUGCACCGCUGUCCUCUAGGGAACUUACAAGUGAUAUCUGGUAGAGGAAGGACUAGCCUGCAACCUGUUUAACCUGCAUGACGGCAUCUCACAGAAAAAAAACAAGAAGCAAACCAACAAACAGACAAGCGAUUUAAACUGCACAUACGAACACAAGGAAACUACCUUUUUGUAUUCUUUAGGGAGUUUUUGAUCAGAAAAAAAAUGAACUUUCCUACUUGAAUUUCUUCUUCAUGGAGAUCAGACUCUCAACAAGUUUUUGACCUGACCUCGUUUUUACAGUUCAAGGUGUUGUUAUAAUGUACAGUUUUCAUAUGGUCCUUGAGACAGACAGACAGACAGACAGACAGACAGACAGACUGGCUGGCUGGUUGAAAUAUUGAACCUUACAGUGAUUUGCAAUGGAGUGGGGUUUAUUUUGAUGUAUUUUGGGGAGGGGGGUUUGUGCACCUACAUUAAACAUUUUUAAGAAUUGACAUUUCAGCAAAACACCUUGUAUUUGUUUUCUUCAGCACACAUUUCUGUAAAGAUGGAGCAGAUAGGCUGUGGUGUCAGGUUCCCUGUCAUCCUACAUUUACUAGAGUAAUCCACAGCUGGAUUGAAAUCAAGACCUUCACCCCACUUCCAGAACCAACCAGACCUCUUAGUCUUCCACUUACUGUUCAGUCACUGUACCUGAGCCCGAAGAAAUAACAGUAAAUUAUCAUAUCUAAAUCCAUAGGGAAUGUAAAGUCUAACUAUAUAGAGGUUAAAAUCACGUGUCCUUGUUACUUAUUCUUAAUAAGAUUUUUACAUUACACAUAGCGCCACCCGGUGGCUAAAUGUUAUUUAAAAAUAGAAUUGCAAUAAAUUCCAAUUUUCCAUAACAUGGACACAGUGAUGUGAGGUGACUGGAGGUCCAUACAGAACUGAAACUAAUCCAUACCAGCUGGUCACUUCAGCCAUUUCAUACCAGCUGUACGAACAGCAGUCCACAUACAUAUAUAUACAUUCUAAAAGGGAAAAACUAAACGUUUCAAAAUAAGCAAGAAACAGCCCAGUAGCUGUAGGGUUAUCUUCAAACCCUUUAUUCAGUUCUUUAUAAACACUGAGUCACCCCGAAACUAGAACACACACUACAGGGUGUGUGCUGUGUGAGUAUUAUUUGGUGUCAGUUUGUCAUCUCAGUAAAGACAGGUUAUGUUGUAAUCUGUCCUGUGAUGCUCAGAUUGAACAGGAUGGAUGAUGUAUUCUGGUAGAGUUGCACACAGUGUGAAGAUAAGCCUGACUGUUUCAGCAUCCCGAAUGCUCUCUAGAGCCGGAUCAUUAAGGCUUUGCAACAGUUCCCUGUUUAUUUAAAGCUUCUUUUUUAGGCUGAAGCUCAUUUCUAUGUAUUGGUG